GUGGCCUGGAGUUGAAGCAAUAAUCCGGCCCUGCCGGAGGCUGAGCUCGCUGUACAGCACGCACGGAACAAGAACAGAGACAGCCGGGAAGGUCCUCUAGUGUAGGGGCGGAACCCGUGUGUAGGGGCGGAGCACGGACGCCUUUCCUGGUGACACCCGGUCCCUGGUAACCGGCGGCGUCACUAGGGAGCCCAGGAGACGGCGAUACAUAGCGGAGGGGAGGAUGGACGAGCCCCGGGGGCAGCCUGUGCCGGGCUGGGCCGCGGCACAGGGUUCCUGAUGUCUCACCUCUGUACGCUGCAUCCGCUCCUGUCGUCCUGCCCGUCCGGCCCGUCCUGGAAAUAUGGGAAUAUUUCAGAGUAAAGCCAAGCGUAACAGCUCUAAAUACAGAGCUGACAAUCAUGUUGAAGAGUGCCAUCCGGCCCAGACUACCCAACAGCAGAGCCGGGCUCACAACGAAGCGGUUACAUACAUCGCUGCCCUGAAAUCCGACCUGUGUAUCUCUGGAGGGAAAGACAAGGCUGUUGUUGUGUCUAACUGGAGAACUGGCACCGCCCUGAAGAGAUUUGUGGGGCACGAUCGGGAGGUUUCCAAGAUCAGUUGCGUGUUCGGCUCAAACCGCUUCUUCAGUGCCUCUCGCGAUAAGACGGUCCUUAUGUGGGACCUGCACUGUAAGGCUGGCAGUGCUCAGAAGUUCCACGGACAUCAUUUAAUAGUAACUGGAUUAGCAGUAAGUCCUGAUUGCACUCAGCUGCUGUCAGGCUCCCGGGACAACACUGUGUGUAAAUGGGAUGUGGAGUCCGGCCAGUGUUUGCACAGAGCCGCAGUGUCUAGAAACCUGGUUACUCACAUGUGCUGGGUUCCCGGAGAGUCCUGUGUUGUCCAGACCUCAGAGGAUAAAACUACCCGUGUAUGGGACACUCGGAACCUGCAGGUGGCGCACUUGUUCCCCAUGAAACAGUACAUUCAGAUGCAUUGCGAUGUCAGCGAGGACGGCAAUUACUGUCUGACCAGCAGCAACGGGUUUGGUGGACAGGGCUGUGAAGCUACGCUAUGGGACCUCCGACAGAGCAGAGACAAAGUGUGUGAAUACAAGGGACACCUACAAAGCACCACGUCCUGCAUCUUCCUUCCAAAGGACACGUAUGACUCCCCGCUGGUUGCCACCGCGUCACAUGACUGCACCGUGAAAGUGUGGGAGCGGGAUACCGGAGCAUGUGUGAACAGCCUGUUCCUGGAUGGCUCCGGGCCCCUGUCAUCCCUGGCAGUCUGCGAUAACGCAUCCAUCCUGUGUGCCAGCUUCAACUCCGGAAUACACUCGCUGCACAUGGAGAGAGGACGGGGAGCUCUGCAGCAGGUUGCGCAGUUCUAACUGUGGCGCUGCAGUGUGUGUGCUCUGAUGCCGAUCUUCCUCCUGUAAAGACCACGAAUGCCUGACCAAUGUCCAGAUUCUGUCGUGAACAAGGGCUGGUUAUGAUACAACCAAUCUGUCCAGCAAGAUCAGAGGGUGGGGUGGUAAGAGUAGCCAAAAAUGCCUGUCGGCGCUCGUGACCUUGUGUCGGUUACUGUAGGAGUCUUGGGGUUGAACCAGUGAAUGGUGCAGGUGUACACCUAACGUGGAAAGACCUGAAUACUGCGGCUUGUACAGGAGCCGUAAGAUUUAGGGUCACCUCCGUCAUUCGCUGGCGUGGAGGUUCAUGCCCCUUUUCUUCAUAACUUGUGUACGUUUCUAUCACAUGACUUCUUUUUUUAUCUAAACUUUUAUCACUUAACAUCUUGUAACAGGAACGUGAAGAAAAUUAAUUUGAGAGCUAGAUAUUGCUGUCCGGAUAGAUUGAUUCCAACCUCUGUAAGUAAUGUUCUCAAUUCCUCAUCCAAUAUAGCAGGACCAGUAUGCAGGACACCACAAAGACCGUCAUAUGUUCAUGUUAUAGGUUCUGUCAGCGUAGAGAAGCCAUUGGCUCUGGGUUCGUGUAAUUGAUUACAAACGUGUCUGGCAGUUGGAGCACUUAGACCUUAAGCACAUCAAACUGUGGGGGGUAUUCAAUUAGCUGCGAUAACUGACUUUUCGCACCAAAAAAACAGGCUUUUCCCACGAAUCGCGAUUACAGCCUAUUCAAUUAUCCGGAAAAUUUAUCGGUGAUAAUUUUUUCGCAAAUUUCACUUCACCUACUCUGAGCAGGUGAAAAGUUGGGAAAAAUCCCUGUUUUAAGGUAAAAAUGUUUGGAUAUGGUACAGAAUUAUUUUUUAUUGGCCAAUAAUGACAACAUUUUUGGGGUGAAGAAGUACAAAGUGAUGGAAAUUGGGGUUCAAGGUAUGGGACAGGUAUAUUGGGGUACUUUAUGACUGGGACAGGUGUUUUUAGGUUUGCAGGUGGGAGUAAUCGUUCUGUUUCCUCUUUUUUUUUUUUUUUUUUUAAGUACCCUAAAAUGACCCAAAUAUAUACGUAUACCCAUUUUCGGGUACCCCAAAUGUAAUGAGAGCAUUUAUUUUGCACAAAAAAACUUGCUUUCUAUAAUUUAUGUGAUCUCUAAUGCACUUCUCUUCUGUUAUCCUAUGUUAAUAUAGCAUUUUAUUGGCUACAGGCUGAUUUCCCCAUUUUCACCUACACUUUUCACUGCAAGAAUUUUCACGUGAAAUCCAUUUGGAAUUGAAUAGGUUGAAAAACGGGAGCGCGCAUACCCGCCAAAAGCUGUUUUUUCGCAGCAAUUUUCAGCAGACUGCCACGCAAAAAAUUGCCGCGUGUUCACGGCUAAUUGUAUACCCCCCGUGACCUAGAAAGAUCUGGUAGUCCAACGUGUUUAUCUUACUGACAACCUACACAUCUGUUCUGUUUUGGACUAGCGAGCAUGUCUGGGCCUAAAGGUAGUAGCCUGCAAAUUGCAAGCACCAGCGAGACUCUGGCGAGGUAGCCAGUAGAUUUAAAGUGGCAAUUCAUUUUAUCACCAAUUGCCGCUUUAAAUGAAACAGCUGUCUCGCUGGAAUUGCACUAGUGGCUGCAAAUCGUAGACUGUUAGAAUUGGGCCUUGGGAGGGAAUUAUAGCUGGAGGCGUUAUACGUAAAAAAGACAGUCAGUAUGCUGAAUCGGGCGGAUGUCAAUACGCCGAAAGAUGUAGUUGACAGCAUUAAUGGUAAAUGCUACAGUGCCAGCGCAGAGGUCAUACACCAUAUAUACAUAAGACUCUCUGCCUUUGUCUAGACAGUGUUAAUAAAUAAUAAAGUCACAUUAACCAGGUAAAAUACAUUUAAAUAAACAAGCAAAUACAAAGUAAAAGUACUAAUUAAUUUCAAAUAAAUAGUCAUCCAUUUUGUUCCCCUUUAUAAUGGGAAUCUGCUUUCCUGACACAGACUGAAUUCAAAUAUCAAUGAAUUAACGAGACUUAACUUUAAUACUACUAUUUAUUAGUUUUUAUUUAUAAAGUGCCACAGAUUUCCGCAGCGCCGGACGGAGCACAAAUACAAAACCGGGUAAACUGAGUAAUAGGAUGACAGAUGCACAUUGUAGCAAAUAUGAGCCAUAGGGGUCUAUUCAUGAAGCAGUGAAAAGUGUGGAGAAGUUGCCCAUGGCAACCAAUCAGCAUUGAAGUAACAUUUGUAAUUUGCAUACUAUACAAUUGUACGGAGCAGCUGAUUGGUUGCCAUGGGCAACUUCUCCACAGGCUCACUUCUCCACUCUUUUCACUGCUUCAUGAAUAGAUCCCUAAUACUGACACAUUAUUGGCCUGAGAACACGUUGGGUCAGCCAAUAGGAGAUAAGAGGAUGGCGAGUGUGACGUGUGUCAGAGGGGCCACACUGCUAAUAUAUAUACUGUAUUUGGGAUCAGGACACACUCAGUCCAACUCUACAUCAAGACCAUAGUGUCCUAGAUGGAACCGCACCCAUAGUCCCCAAACUGUGAGGCAGCAGUGCUAACCACAUAUCUCUGUGCCGCUGUGUCCAGAGUUUGAUCGUACUAUAGCACAUAUUCAUAAUCUGACUGCCCCUCUAAAAUGAAGGGUUGGACAGUACCAAAAUAAAGUCACUAUAUCUGACCCACACUUUCAACAGCGCUCAUAUACACAGUGGUUAUAACUAGAUAAUAUAGGCAGCUAUGAUGUGUGCCCAUCUGCCAUGGUGUAGCACUUUACGGAGCAGUAGCCUGCUGCAAUGAUUCUGCACACAGUAGGGGCCCGCCAGCCUGGUCAGCCUGGCCUGUAGGUGGUGCUCUCCUCUGGGGCAGACGUCUCUGUAACUACCUGUCCCAUCAGGGCUCAUAACGGAGGUUCCUGGAAUUACAGUCAGGCUACAAGCUUUGUCCACAUAGAACUCUGCACUUAAUAGGUUUUAUAACACUGUUCAAUUGCUUAUUGGGGGUCAUUCCGAUCGCUCGCUGCAGUUUGUCGCAGCGAUUGGGUUGGAACUACGCAUGCGCCAGCGCCGUCGUUGCCUAGCGAUAGCCUCUGAGGCAGAGGUGGUCGCUGGGCGGGAGGGGGUUGGACGGCGGCGUUAAGCUGCCU